CGCCGAGGAGCCUCUAACACCAUCUGUCUGGUGGUGAACUCUCCCCUCCGCGGUCGAGCUGGGAGUCGGCCCCAGAGGAACAGCUCCGCAGGAAAAAGAUGACCUCUUUCUCUUGUGGCACCCACAGUCAAACCUCAGAAACAACGCGCCGCAAUGUUGUAAACUUCCGAGCCACAACCUGCAUCGGUUUCCAAGGCUGAGGUUCGAAUACUUGGAGGGACCACUUCAAAUAUUUUCACACAAGGAACAUUCAUCUCACACUUCCCCUUAAUGAUUGCAUUACAUUGUGUGUAUAUUUCAUCAUGUGCAGAUAAAUGUAUGUGAUUAAUUUGUUGCCCAUCUUCACCUACAAAGUUAAGUAGCAAUGAUCCCGUUUGGCACCAACAGGUCAAAUUUCAAAGAUUGAAAUUCCAAACUGCAAUUAGUGGAGAGAGUAUCCUCCCUUGGUUUUGAUGUGAUGUGAAAACUACAUAUUAAUUACAAAUCACAAAAGCCGUCAAACAUGUCCACCGCUGCCACCAUGGAAGUGGCAGACAUUGCCGUGGUUGCGAUCUACUUCAUCCUGGUGCUGGUGAUUGGUUGCCUGGCGAUGUGGAAAGCCAAUCGGAACACAGUGAGCGGCUACUUCCUCGCCGGCCGCUCCAUGAAUUGGGCGGCCGUAGGGGCGUCUCUAUUCGUCAGCAACAUAGGAAGUGAGCAUUUUAUUGGACUUGCUGGAUCCGGCGCCGUCAGUGGUUUCAGCGUGGCCGCGUGGGAAUUAAAUGCCCUGUUAUUGCUCCAGUUGUUGGGCUGGAUGUUCAUACCUGUUUACAUUCAGUCAGGAGUUUACACCAUGCCAGAGUACCUGUCCAAACGGUACGGAGGGCGGAGACUGAAGGUGUACUUUGCGGCGUUGUCGCUUGUCCUCUACAUCUUCACCAAGUUGUCCGUGGACCUCUACGCCGGAGCCUUGUUCAUCCAGGAGUCAUUAGGGUGGAACCUCUAUCUGUCAAUCAUCCUGCUCAUAGCCAUGACUGCCCUGCUGACGGUCACUGGGGGUCUGGUUGCCGUCAUCUACACGGACACAGUCCAGGCAUUCCUCAUGAUCGGCGGAGCCCUCUGUCUGACAGGCAUCAGCCUCUCCAAAGUGGGAGGACUUGAAGGGUUAAGGAUCAAGUACAUGCAGGCGUCGCCAAACAUCACCGCCAUCUUGCUGUCUUCACCCAACCUGACAUAUUCGGAAUCCUGCCACCACCACCUCAAUCCCAAGCCAGAUGCGUUGAAGAUCCUCCGAGGCCCAAGGGAUCCAGACCUGCCCUGGCCUGGCUUUUUGCUGGGCCAGACCCCUGCCUCUAUUUGGUACUGGUGUACAGAUCAAGUGAUUGUACAGCGGGUUCUUGCGGCAAAGAACAUUGCCCACGCCAAAGGUUCUACAAUCAUGGCCGGCUUCCUGAAAAUCCUGCCUAUGUUUAUCAUAGUCAUCCCAGGGAUGAUUUCUCGGAUCUUCUUCGCUGAUGAGCUGGCGUGUAUCAGUCCAGAGCACUGCAUGGAAGUGUGCGGCUCUGCGGCCGGCUGCAGCAACGUGGCUUACCCGCGUCUCGUCAUGUCGGUGAUGCCCGUCGGCCUCCGUGGCCUGAUGAUGGCCGUCAUGAUCGCAGCGCUGAUGAGCGACUUGGACUCCAUCUUCAACUCAGCGAGCACCAUAUUCACGCUGGACAUUUACAAGAUGCUACGGAAGAGGGUGACGUCCAGAGAGCUGGUGCUCGUCGGCAGGCUGUUUGUGGUCGUUAUGGUGAUCAUCAGCAUCGCCUGGGUACCAGUCAUCAUUGAGAUGCAGGGAGGCCAGAUGUUCUACUACAUCCAAGAAGUGUCAGAUUAUCUGACUCCACCUGUGGCCGCGCUCUUCCUGCUCGGAGUCCUGUGGCAUCGCUGCAAUGAGACGGGCGCCUUUUGGGGUGGGAUGGUCGGGUUCACACUCGGAGCACUGCGUCUGGUGCUAGCAUUUGUUUACCGUGAGCCGCACUGUGACCAGCCCGAUGAGCGGCCGUCUUUCAUCAAAGAUGUCCAUUUCAUGUAUGUGGCGGUCAUCUUGUUUUGGGUCACAGCUUUGGUGACGAUCGUUGUGAGCCUCUGCACUCCUCCCCCCGGAAAUGAACAAAUCAGAACAACUACUCUGUGGGGGUUGAACAAGAGAAAGAGGCUAAAACGACGGGUCGAAGAAAAAGCUGUAGAAAAUACUUUGAAGCCUCUCAACCGUGGAAGCUCAAACGGAGACAGUGUGCUCUGUAAGGAAAAGUGCCACGAUCGCCCAAACAAGCUCAAUGGCAUCGAGGCCCGUCCUGAAGAUUCUGAACCAAGCAAUGGUCAUGCUAUCACAGCCGCUGACAUAGAAACCCAACGUGCAAUACAGAAUGAUUGCUACUCGCUGAUCGCUGACCCCAAAAUGGUAGAAGAGGGAGAAGGAAGAGGCGCGAGGGCAGGCGAGGAGGAGGAAGAGGGCGGCUGCUUUGAAGGAGGAAGGGUUGAGGGCAACAGGUGUGUGAAGGUUUUUGAGUGUGUCUGUGGCUUCAAGGAGAACGCGUCCGAGGAUCGGAUCAUUACAGCUCAGGAGCAGGAGAAGAUCGUGGAUGAGCUUCUCUACGAAUCUCCACGAACCAGAAUCAUCCUGAACAUCGGUUUGGUUGCUGUUUGCUCGGUGGGGAUUUUUUUAUUUAUCUAUUUCUCCUUAUAGGCCUCUUUAAUUCCGAAUAGUGGGUCUCGUGUGCAGUACACUGAGUGUUCUCACCGACAGGGGUGUGUUGAGAAAGUCACACAUUUUCUGAUGCCUUGGGAAAAUGAUGAUUCAACGAAAUCUGGUCAUGGUCUUUAGUGAUCAUGUUCAGUUGUGAAAAAAAUGUUACGAACAAAUGUGGAGAGGAGAAACUUUGAAUGCACCAAUCAAGAACACCAUUAAAACUGUGCCAGUGUUGGUGUGUUUUUGAUCCAUUCAAAGCCCUAAAGAUAAGUGAAACUAUCAAAUAUACGUUUUGAAUCACCUUACUGGUGGUUCAGAACGUAAAUGAGAAUCUAUUCUAUGCAAGAGAAAUUUGGCCGGAGUUUCUGAAUGUGGCUCCUGUGGCUUUUCUCAGGAAUAAUCUGAGGUUCCUGUUCAAUGAUGUCUUCCAGCAUUUGACUGUAGAGAGAUCUGUUUUGCACAUAAAAAAUGGAACUACCUC